GUGCACAAAUGUCAGCUUACUAAGCAACGAAUGGCAACCCACUACUCGAGUACCACCGCCAUCCCCAGUAGAGUACCACAUGCGACCAACCAUUUCACUAUGGAUCCCGCCGACAAACCCGAUCACUUCCCAACCAUGGCAAAACCAACUUCUAUCACAACUUACAGACCCCUAUCAAAACGACAGACCUCACCUGCAAACCACCAUUCGCACGCGUCGUCCUCGCAAACCGACAAGUCAAGUUACACGUCGCAUCUCGCCGCACGCCGCACGCCGCACGCCGCACGCCGCACGCCGCAAGCCGCACGCCGCACGCCGCACGCACACAUCCUCCUCGCCCCGUCCCCCCUCGUCCCCCCUACCGGCCAUCCGCCAGACCUAGCUAGCCCCAUUAGUCCACGACCCGCCGCGACGCGACCAGCAGGCAAGGGUCCCGCGCCCACCGAAGUGGAUCCCGCGGCGCGGACACUCGGCUGUGGUUGGUCUAUGGACGGAGCCACGGAGCAUUCUACGGGGGCUAGUGCUGGAAGCGGUCGAGGGGGCGCGAUUAGGUCAUCCCCGCAAGUGGGAAGGGGGGAGGGACCCACGACGGACGGGCGGCGGGUUUUGCGUGUGCUCUUAAUUCAGGGGUAGCCGUAAUGUGCUGGAUCCGUAAUUUUGCGAUGGUGGUGGUCUGAUGGAUCAUCUACUCUGGCCAUUUUCCCGUUGCAUGUUUGUGGUACAAGCUGUUCCUUGCGCCUUGGAAUUGCGGUGGAUCAGUGGCAACAGGGUCUUUUUUCGACGGCGGUGGUGUACAACGUGCUUCUCGUCUGAUUCAGGCCGGGUUCACACACCACCAUAGGAUCCAAUUCAGUUGGGUUUCGCAAGGGGGAAAGUUCGGGGGAAUGUUAGGGAGAAAGUUGAGGGGAAGAGGUGACUGUCAUCGCCCUGGACGUGCCACGACUGUCUGCUUAUGGCUCAUGCAGCUCAUCCAUCUGCAUUCCCUCAUUCCCCUCUCCGGUAAGUUCUGCAAUCUACAAAUACUAUAGAUAUGGACAGGCUCGAUCAAGCAAGUCCGCCGUUCAUCAAGUUACCAAACAUCCCAAAGCAAGGACCUCCCUCUUGCAAUCUCUGCUUACUCUAAUCGCGUCCGACCCAGCCCGCUCCUCCUCGUUGGUUCCGUGUAUCAAAUGCUGCGAGUGCUUCGUACUGACGUACUGACCUUCUACUUGCAUUCACUCGCCACUCUCUGCUCGCUAUUCCUGCCGACAGUACAUACGGAGUAAUAAUACUGCACUCUCCUCACCACUGCCACAGACAAAGUUUCCUGAUUCCACGGCCCUCUACGUACUCUCUCCCGCAUUCCCCAAUCAAAGGCGGCGGCGACAAAAAAGAGCGUGGCCUGGCAUAAUCGCUGAAACUUAGCGAAAUUGGCCAUUUUAUACAGCACACCGACCAACCACCUACCUUUCUCCUCGGGGGGCUAUGAUCAUACUGUACCAUACAUAUACAUAUACAUA